GAUUAAUAUCAGUCUUGUGUAACUCUCACCUCUAGUCGCCCAGACCAACCAGGUUGACUAGUCUAUUGGAAUGACAACGGACGUUGAAUCCUCAAGCACUUUAAAGCCGGAGGAAGCAGUUACGUCUGAUCCUUCUUCUAGCAACGAGUCCACAACCGAGCCGUCAAUUGUCUCCACUGGCCUAGAUGUCCAGGCUGAAAAUGAUACCGACGCCCACAUGACCAAUGCGGCAGCCCCACCAGAAAAUAAUUUCUACCAUCCACCGGAUUGGGCUUUGCCCUGUCCUGUUGAUUCUGGUUACUACCUUGAGGUUAUCAAAAAUGGUGUCCCAUUGCUCGAUUGUACAGUGCAGCUCAGCGGAGUACCAUCGGAUACGGACACGGGGCUGCAGCCUCUGAGCUUUUGUUUGGUCGGCCGUCAACCACAGCAGUUCUACAUUCCAUCAGCCCAAUUGAAAGGGCAGUGUGCCGUAAUGGCUCAUCCCUCGGUCAGCCGGCUACAUGCUGUAUUUCAGUAUGGUCAGGCACCUCCUAACAUAGCAUGCACCUCAUGCACAUCAUCGGAAACGCCUGGAUGGUAUAUCCAAGAUCUGGACAGCACGCACGGCACUUUUAUCAACAAGCGGCGCCUCCCCGCUGGACGUUGCGUCCGCGUCCACGUGGGCUAUGUGAUACGUUUCGGUGGUAGCACUCGUCACUAUGUGCUUCAAGGACCGGAGGACGACAUAGCGCCAGAGACCAAUGAAACAUGGACUGAAUUGAAAGAGGCUUACUUGGCCCGUCAGCAAGCAGCGCGUGAACGACCAACAAUAACAACACCAUUGACACAAGUCUCUCUGGGAUGUGAUUGGGGUAUUUCCGCUGAGGAUGCAAACACCGAUGGUCCGAAUUUCGCGGCUGCGGUUAAUGGGGCCGCUUGCCUGAGCUACGAGAGACUGUAUCAAGAUGAUCCGAAACGAGCUUUAAAAGCCUAUUUUGAACGUGAAGGCAUUGAGCCAGCUCCUGAAUACGAGUUCGUGGACGCAUCGUUUGGCAAGCAGCAUUGUAAAAUUGACCUCCCUUUGGCCACCGGAACGGUUACAGCAGAGGUUAUUGUCUCUGGAAAACGGAAGGAAGCUAUGGCCGCAUGUGCACUUGAAGCCUGUCAUCUAUUAGACAGGCUUGGAGAAUUCGAUCCAAACAAGGACUCUUCAGCUAAUGCGAAGCGCAUUCGGUCCAAGGAGUAUUGGCAGGAAAAUGAUUACUACUCUUCCGAUGAAGACCCCUUCGUUGACCGCACAGGACAGAUUGAGAUGAAACGACUGAGCCGCAUACGACAGCUGGGCGUGGAAGGUAAAGAAGCUGAGGAUGCUGAAAAGAAGGUCGCUGAAAUCACCAAAGCUGAUAAACAACCCAGUAACCGCCUAGACCACGCGACCAUGUUAGCCUUAUUGUCAGAUUUGGAAAAAGUGGGCCAAGAGAUAGUUUCUUUGGAGGAACAGCUGGAUCAGAUCAACAAAAGGUUUGCACCACAAGGAGAGAAUCCGUCGGAACUAGACGAAUUGGAGGCUUACAUGAACGGGCUUAAAUCAGGCGCACCCACUCGAAAAGAGCGUUUGAAAUUGCGAUCUCGCCUGUUCAUUCUUCGGCAGCUGGAAGCUCGAUUGUUCCGUCAGGCCGGUCUUCCGCAGCCUCGCCAUGUUGCCCCGUCCAGACCACAAGAUACAGACCACAUGAAAGCAUUCGAAAAGCCCGAUGUUGCAAUGCGCAUGGAUGCAGCAGCAGCAGUUCGUGCUGCAAAGCGCAAACUGGAAGCUGACCCCAGUAAGGAAGUGGCAAACGUCGGGGACGGCGACACACAAGCUCGAUCGAAAAACUCGCGACUCACUAGGGACGAAAUUAAACGAAGUCUACCGAGUCAUCGAAGCCGUCACGUUACUCGCCCUACUUUGGUUGAACAAUCAGCGUUUUCUGGAUCAGAAGAGGAAGACGACGAAGAUAAUGAUGAAACGAAGGCUGGGGAAUUAGUAGAAAAACACGUUGGGAGGAUACAAUCUCCUAUCGACAAAACUACUACUAGCAGUGCUAUUUCCGCCGCAUUUGAUGAUACAUACGAAUCACGUCCCAUUGGGACAACUAAUUCCCCUCAACCUACGUCAGAGAAAUCGGCGGAGGAAAUUCUUCUUAAUAGCCUGGCAGUCGAACAUUCAAAAUCUGUGUCCGAAGCAAAGUAUCUCGAGUGUCCUGUUAUCGAGGAAAAUCCGACAGAAUCACCUUUGGGUAGUCUAAUUGCUGAAACACAACAACCACGCGAAUCUGAUCAGAUCUCUCGUCCUGGAAGGCGCAAAGUCCCUGAUGUAUACGAACUACACGACCCAGACUAUGUUACAUGGGUACCCCCUCCCGAUCAGCAAGGCGACGGAGUAACACAAUUGAAUGCCAAAUACGGAUAUUGACCACGACUCGCAGUACAAUACAAUGUAAAUAUAUAUAUAUAUUCUGAACAUCAUAACCCCUGGAUGGGUUUGUUGUCCGUCUUUCUGUCGAACAAUUCAAUGACCACACAGUUCUCAAACAGUACGUACAAUAAUUAACGGUUCCCAUGUCUUCAGCAAAUCUUCCGGACUUACGUGUUCUCCCACUGUAGCGUUGUACCAUGCCUUGUUAUUGGUCCGCUCCCAUUCGAAGUGCACUGAACUAAAGCGCAUCAUA